CACGCAUCGCCUUGCUCAAUUAUAAUACUGACUUGAAGUGAAAGCAUCUCUAAAACAAGGAAGUUAAUACGUAUUGGUCAUCGAGUUUAUGACUUUUGAAUACGUGUUGCGCAUCAGUGACAGUUCCAGAGUUGCCUCCACUAUGCAGUCAACAAGCGCUUUUGCCCAUCUUUUAACUUUUCUUUUACUAAAUGGUUUUUCUAUUGCGAUAAAGCUCGAUCACAAGAUGUUCAACGAGUUUCAUCACAUCAGAAGUCACGCAUCUUCGGACGUACAAACUAAAGCAGUUAGAAAUCUUAUAACUCGACUUCUACCCGAACAUGCUUCGAAGUUCGAUAUCGUCGUCCAGCCUUCCUUUGGACCGCCAUAUUUGGACGAAUUUGAGUACAAAACCACUGAAGAAUCCAAGCUACAGAUAAAGGGAACAAGUGGUGUAGCGUGCUCGCUAGGUCUACAACAUUUCUUGAAGAAUUAUUGUCACGCGCACAUUUCGUGGAGUGGAGACCAGUUAAAGAUACCCAAACCGUUUCCUACUGUGAAAGACUUGACAAGGAUAACCCUACCUUACAGGUACUCUAAUGUACACCGCAGUUCAUCAGUUGUCAGGCUCACGCCCUGUGUGCCAGAGGUUUUCUAGUUUGAUGACUGAUUUGCAUGGUUUGACACGUCACGUUUUCCGUAUAGGAUUUAAGUAUUAGCAUACAGAAACCUUUCGAAAGAUAAAGUCCAGAAUCUGGGAAGUGAAAGUAGGAAAAUGUGCAAAGACCCUCGCCAAGAUUCAGGUCAGAGGAAUAUUUCGCAUACGAGAUAUUCGAAGAAACGUUUUACCCAAAUUUAUAGAGAUUUGUAUGGAGACGCCAUCCUGGUGCUCAUCAGGAUAAGCUCCAACAUGGCGGACGGAAACCAACAGAAACAUCUGUUACCGAGUUUUGCUACAAACGUGAAUUUAUUCUUCAAAGAACUCAUAAACAUUAAAGUAAUACUUUUUCUAAUACAUGAACUGUUUAGAUAGGAAAAUUCCCUGAAAUAAGUUAUUUUUUUAACCUACAUGACAGCUCCUUUGGCCGUCAUAUAAAUGCCGCGUCACGCAAAAGCUUAGAAAUUCAAGCGUACUCUAUCACAAAACCAAGAACCCUUUUGCAGCGAAAAUUUGUAUGAAAAUUAGUUUUCAGCUGCUCUAAUACAUCAUGAAAGUAAAAUCUCGGCAGGAUAGAUAGUUUUGUAGUUUGAAUUUUAGUGGCGUCAUGAGAAAACCAACAAUUGGUCUGAAACAGGCAGGGUUUUCAUGAAGUAUGCUGUGCACCCCUAUCCGAAUUUUCCAGGUGAAAUCCCCAGCGGGCUCACUACAAACAAAUCGAUGUUCAUUCCGAGCCCUUUACUACCUUCAUAGAGGUAAAAAUAGAUAUGAGCUUGGGGGGGGGGGAGGACACAAUGUGACAUGCAAAUACAGUACACCCGCCUGUUAUUGUUCCCCUUCGCGAAACUUUCCAUUGUCUCUGUGUUUCUCUGUCAGAUUUCGCUACUAUCAGAACGUGUGCACCUUUAGUUAUUCAUCUGUCUGGUGGAACUGGACUCGCUGGCAGCGAGAAAUUGAUUGGAUGGCACUGAAUGGCAUCAAUCUGCCACUUGCCUUCACUGGACAGGAAGCAAUAUGGCAGAGGGUGUAUCACAAAAUUGGACUCACACAGCAAGAACUGGAUACUUUCUUUGCAGGCCCAGCAUUCUUGGCAUGGUAACCUGUGUUACUUUUGAAGGACCAGUAAUCAUUAUGCUUAAUGCUUAGCAGUCUGGUUGUAAAAAAAUCUCUUUUCAGCAUGCAGAAAACUUAUACUUUUACUUCAUAUUAAUUUCCUUGGUCUAACUUUAAUAGCGCUCUAAAGAAUUGAAUAGCUAUGCCUCAGUGUUUCAGUGUUUCAGUAGUGAAGUCGUGCAUUAAAAAGUGAUGCGAAAAAGCACAGAGGGUUUGGGAUAGCAACUGCAAAUUCAUUAUUAAGUUUGUAUUUGGAUUUAAGGAAGUUAUGCCUUCAGCUGUAUGCCGGAGUUCUAAGCAAAUACUUACUACAAUAGCUGACUGUCGGUAGCCCAAUAUUCUUCUGGAAAGGUUCCGAAAAAAAAGGCAAAAAAAACUUAACAAUGACCGACGGAUUCUUACAUUACCUAUCACGAUUCACUUUGCUGAGACCUCUUACCACACUUUACAAACCUCUUUAAUUUGUAACCGCUAAGAGUUCCUUCCACAGUAACGUAAUCAAGUCUUUUCUUCCAGGGCAAGAAUGGGGAACAUACGUGGGUGGGGAGGUCCUCUUCCGCCAUCGUGGCGUAAGAAUCAACUUGAUCUACAACACAAAAUUCUUACAGCGAUGAGGAAUCUUGGCAUGGCUCCGGUUCUCCCUGGAUUUGCUGGUUUUGUGCCGGAUGGUCUGAAAAGAGUGUAUCCACAGGCAAAAUUGUCCAGAGUGAGCCGAUGGGGUCGAUUUAACAACACUUUCUGCUGUGGUUAUCAUCUUCACCCCAAUGAUCCCUUAUUUAAGGUAAGUCACUUGUAUAUUUUUGUACACAUUUUAACUACAAAUCUAAAUAAAAAAAAUUCUGAAGCACGGUUUAAAGGAAUUGCGUCUUAUGAGCAUAACACUAGUCUCGUAGAGCUGUUUGACGAGGCCUACGGCUUUUCGUCCUUAUCCGAGAAGUUUCAAAGCAAAGGCAGCACGUUCAGAUCAAUUUAGGCUUCGGGGAAACUGCCCACCUAACCCUCCCCUAAGCUAACAUCAAUACUUACUUCUCACUUGGGGAAAAAUGUUGGCUUAGGGGAGGGGUAGGUGGGUAGUUUCUCUUGCAGAAACAUAAAUUGACCUGCACGUUCUCCUCAUUUUAGUGUGAAGACUCGGGAAUCGAGCCCGGAGCCACUGAUCGUAUCUAAUUCUGGCACCCAACCUUUACAUUACAGCCAAUCGGUCUUUUGACAGUCUUUGAGUUGGGUCUCUGUAAAAUGGGUGGCUCAUUUAAGGCUGCUCGGUAGUUACUGGUAAUCUGUUUUAUAUUUCAUUUGCAACAGACCAUAGGGUCCCUCUUUAUCAAAGAACAGAUAUCCGAAUUUGGUACCAACAACAUAUACAACGCUGACGCUUUCAAUGAGAUGAGGCCCACAUCCAAAAAACAAAGCUAUCUAUCCGGGCUCAGUAGUGCUGUAUACCGGGCCAUGGUGGCUGGAGAUCCUAAUGCCGUUUGGCUUAUGCAAGGAUGGCUUUUUCGGGACACCAACUUUUGGAAGCCACCUCAAGUGAAAGCACUCUUACAAGGUUUGUAAGUAGUCAUUAAAGACAGAUUAAGGAAGAACGUAUAAUUCUGUAAAAAUAUAUAAACCUGCGAGUGAGCUCUCAACUUGAAAAGCUACAAGCGAAGGCUCCAGUCUUUUGUGGCUUUCACACGCGCGUGACUUUCGACUCUCGUGCUCUCGCGAAUGCUCGCAUGCUCAGGUAACGGCACGGUGUUGUAUGUAUAGAUGGGUCUCUUCAAUAAUUAGCUUAAGAGGUUUCGAUGAGUGAACCACUUCACCAUUGAAAACCAUAUGAACUGAUUACAAAACUUAAAAUGAAGCAGGAACGGCGAAGUCCGUUAGUGUUAACGAAUCAGUACUCAGUCGCUUGGUUCUCACACUGUGAUAGCCCUACCUCUUUAUUUCAAUUGAGUUUGUCGUUGGCUCUCUGCCAUGUCUCACAAGAAAAAAUAUCUUCAAAACAAAUUUGACCAGGGAUUCGACGAAGACUUCAGAUUAUCGGCUUAAAGGCAUGUUACAUGAAUAUGCUGUCCUCCUAAAAUGAAGUCCAUGAUUUCGUUGAUGAUGAUGAUCAUGAUGACUACGACGGACAAUGGUAACUACUUUAAUUUAUUCUAGGUUUUGUUACUAUGUCGCCUAUAUAUCUAGCAACAGCCACGAAUGUACUGAAGGUGGUAAUGAUGAUGACGAUGACGACGACGAUGAUGAUGAUGAUCAUAAUCAUCACCACCAUCAUCAUCAUCGACGCCAUCACCACCACCACCACCACCACCACUAUCAUCAUCUCCCUCAUCAUCAUCAUCAUCAUCAUCAUCAUCAAAUCAAUUAGAAUCCAACAUUGUGAGAGCUAUUUUGUAAACCAUCAAUGAUUCUCUUUUUAGGAGUUCCUCGGGGACGCAUGAUUGUCUUAGAUCUGAUGGCCGAUAUCGAACCUUUCUGGUCGCGUACUGAGUCAUUCUAUGGACAACCAUUCAUCUGGUGUAUGUUACAAAAUUUUGGUGGACAAUUGGGACUGUUUGGAACCAUACAAAGUGUCAUAACAGGUACAAUGGUAUAAAACUGUUGAAAUACAUCAAGUAAUAUGCUAUACAGAAGAGAGACAAUUAUGGUGGGCGUAAUUUCCACGACAUAUGACAUCAUAUGAAUUAAGUCUCAUAUUAUCUUGUAUAUUUUGCAUUACUCUCAGAGCUCUCCAAAAGUUCUCAAAAUAUAAGGGGUUGCAUUGAUAUCACGCAUUAUUGUUUUAUUGUCCUUUUCUUCUUUGUUGAGUUCAUUUUCAUUUCAUUUUCGUUUUCAUGUAUUCUUCCUCAUUAGUCGGUCUCCCCAAUAUGUGCUUUGGUUUUCAGGGCCAGUUAAAGCAUUCAACAGCCCUAAUAGUACAAUGAUAGGCACUGGCUUAACACCAGAAGGAAUAGACCAAAACGACAUGAUGUAUGAGCUGAUGAACGAAAUGGGUUACAGGAUAAAUGCCUUUAAUCCUGUGGAGUUAGAGGAGUGGAUAAAAUACUAUGCCCUUCGAAGAUAUGGUAGCACAAACGAUAACAUAGUGAAGGCGUGGAAGCUACUUAUCCACUCGGUCUAUAACUGCACAUAUUACUGUAUUGGCUUCAAGCAUCAGUCGGUUUUCGUCAGACAACCAACCUUUAGGAUUGCUCCACAUAUAUGGUACGACCCGGAAGAUGUGUUUAAAGCAUGGGACGCAUUGGUCGCGGUGGAUAAGGACUUUUCCCUCUCGGAAACAUUUAGGUAAUUUAACGUAUGAGUGUAUAAAAUGAGAAGAAGAGCCCUUUGAUUAAGUGUAUUUUAAACAUAAUAGAGUUAGAUUUUUUUGAAAAUACAUUGUCGGUACUACCCAUGUAGACCACACAUUGCCAACUUUCACACUUUCGGCUUUCCAAAAAGAGUGAAAUUGUAUACUCUGUUAAAUUAGGACCUUGAAAACCAUACCUUGUUCAGCGGCCCAUACACGCCUUGGCCAAUAGGAGAGUGAACCCACCCCCUCCCCUCCAUGGGGUUACAUGAGUGAAACUGAAUUGUUGGUCGAUGACCAAAUAAACAAUGCUAUUAAGAACAGGGCCUUCAAGAGCCAAAGGGAUAAGUAUUCAUUACCGAGUUUUAAUGAAAAGCCGUGAACGAAUCAAGAUAACGCAAUUCACGGACUGUUUCCCUAUUGUCGCAAAAUUUACGAAUUUACGAAAGCAAGAAAGUGUAAUCCGUCUCAACCAUUAGAAGUGCUUGUUUUGGCCAAAAAAAUUCUGAGCCGAAAUUCAGCGGUGUCUGCAUCAUACUUUUUAUAAACACUCUAAUUUUUUCCUUUGUACUUCCUUCAUUGUUGAUGAGCUUUGAAACUUCUUUUUAGAUAUGAUCUUGUUGACAUCAGCAGACAGGCGUUACACCUUCUGGUGAUUCCACUCUACCAUGACCUCAUACGAGCCUACAACGCCAAGUCGGCUCCUCAAGUUGCUCAAAUCGGUAUCAAACUACUUAACAUGUUUGAUGACCUGGACAAAAUACUUCAAACCAAUCAUAAAUUUCUUUUGGGAUGCUGGCUAAACUCCGCGAAAGCCAUGGGAACAACGCCAGAAGAGGUUAAGCUUUACGAGUAUAAUGCGCGCAUUCAGAUUACUCUUUGGGGACCUACAGGGGAGUUUGACGACUACGCCAACAAGAUGUGGAGUGGCUUGGUAAACGAUUACUACAAGCCGCGAUGGGAGCUUUUCAUUGAAGAAAUUGUUGACGCUAUUCGACAAGGAAAGAGGUUGGACAAUAACGCGUUUGCUAAAAGGUUACUUGAAAGGGAAACUGCUUGGACGCAAGGUAGAAAAAAAUAUCCUUGCAGACCAGUGGGCGACAGUGUUGAGGUGGCGAUGUUCCUGCAUAGGAAGUACCGCUUGUACUCGAGUCGAAGGAGGAUUGAGUUAGCUUGUAUUAAGGAAGAUUAGAAUGACAGCCUUGUAAUGAAGUGAAUAGUAUAAUAUUUAUCCCUAUGGGGAAUCAAUCUGAUCUUCCCCAAGGCACUAAACUGUACAUCACCGUAUGAGGACCCAAUCAACGCGACAGCGCUCUCGGGAACCGACCUCUCUCCCCAUUCCUUAUCCCAAUCCUCCAAAUCCAAUGGAAAAAAUUGUUGUGAAGUAAUUUUGCGUUUGUUUUAAAAGUCAUUAUCAUUAAGAUAUUUAACGAUAGUUUCUUUGUUCCCGAGUUUUCGCUCGUGCUUAGGGUUUCGUUAUGUUUAGGUUUUAAGAUCAAGGUUAAUCCGUAUUUGUGUUAUCAGGUUUUGUUUGAUGUCAUUACCUUUUUAAUGGGUUUGUCGACAUAAUCGACAUAACUGUCUUUUAUCUGAUCUUGAGGUUUAAUUAAGCUUGAUUACCAGUCUUUGUGGGUUCGUUUUGGGACCAUAGUUGACCUUGAUUGUUAUCUACAUCGGAGUUCCUGUUUGGGUUUAACUUAGAGCCUUGUGGGUUUAGUUGUCAAGCCAGUUUAUUGGUUUCCUAGUGCUUGAAGGUUCAAUCUUAUGAGCUUGUUUUUACCCACUUUUGUGAUCAACA